AUGGCCAGGGAAAACUGCACCAGGGUCAAAGAGCUUGUUUUCCUUGGCCUGAGCCAGAGUCAAGAGGUGAGCUUGCUCUUAUUCCUUUUCCUCCUGCUGGUGUAUGUAACAACUCUCCUGGGAAACCUGCUCAUCAUGGUCACCGUGACCUGGGACUCUCGCCUUCACACCCCCAUGUACUUCUUGCUCCGCAACUUGUCUGUUGCCGACAUCUGCUUCUCCUCCAUCACGGCCCCCAAGGUGCUGAGAGACCUCCUCUCGGUGAGGAAGACCAUCUCCUUCGACGGCUGCCUCGCUCAGAUGUUCUUCUUCCACCUGAUCGGGGGAGUGGAUGUGUUCUCUCUGUCGGUGAUGGCCUUGGAUCGCUACAUCGCCAUCUCCAAGCCGCUGCACUACGUGAGCAUCAUGAGCAGGGGGCGCUGCACGGCCCUCAUCGCGGCCUCCUGGGUGGGGGGCUUUGUCCACUCCAUCGUGCAGAUCUCCCUCCUGCUCCCACUGCCCUUCUGUGGGCCCAACGUUCUGGACACUUUCUACUGUGAUGUCCCCCAGGUGCUCAAACUUGCCUGCGCGGAUACCUUUCAUCUGGAGAUCCUGAUGAUCUCCAACAAUGGCAUGCUCACUACCCUGUGGUUCACCUUCCUGCUGGCGUCCUACACCGUCAUCUUGAUGAUGCUGCGGUCUCACACUGGAGAGGGGAGGAGGAAAGCCAUCUCCACCUGCACCUCCCACAUCACCGUGGUGACCCUGCAUUUUGUGCCGUGCAUCUAUGUGUAUGCCCGGCCCUUCACCGCCCUCCCCACCGACAAGACCAUCUCUGUCACCUUCACUGUCAUCUCCCCUCUGCUGAACCCCUUGAUCUACACUCUGAGGAACCAGGAGAUGAAAUCAGCCAUGAAGAGGCUCAGGAGGAGACUUGGGCCUUCUGAUGGAAGAGAUCAGUAG